AUGCCGAACCCCAUCAAGGACAUUACCCGCGUGGACACGACCUCGUUUCCCUACAUUUACGAAGAGAAUGUUACGAUUCCUUUGAAGGACAACGCCGGAUUGAUUCGGUGCAAUGUCUACCGGCCCAAGGAUGCCCAACCCUCUCCAGUUUUGGUUACCUACGGGCCAUAUGGGAAGGAUAUCCACUACAAAGACUUCCACGCCAAGUCUUACAGCGAAGUAAAUCCCGAGCAUCACUCCGACCAUUCGGCAUGGGAGACUCCGGAUCCUGGAUUCUGGACCAAGCAUGGCUAUGCUGUUGUUCGCGCCGACGAGCGUGGCCUAGGUCAGUCGCCCGGCGUCUUGGACACCAUGUCGCGGGGCACUAGCGAAGCCUUUGUGGAUGUAGUGGAAUGGGCCGCUGAGCAGUCCUGGUCCAGCGGUAAGGUUGGUCUGCUAGGUAUCAGCUACUACGCCGGCAGCCAGUGGCGUGUCGCUGCCCGUCAGCCCAAAGGCCUGUCCAUUCUGUCCAACUCCUUUAUCAAGUUCUGGUGGAAUCGCCAGGUAAUAACGAAUCAAUAUGGCCGACCUGGGCGCGCUGCCCGCAACUGGGGUCCCGAUACGAUUGAGGGUGACCUGUCAGAGGACGAACUAUUGGCGAAUCGCAACGACCAGACGGUCGAUAACGCCACUCACAGGUUCCGCGAUGAACCGUACUACGCCUCCAAAGAGUAUAACAUGGAGGAUAUCAAGGUCCCACUGCUCUCUGUUGCGAACUGGGGCGGUAUUCUGCUGCACCUCCGUGGCAACGUGAUCGGCUAUAUGAAUGCAGGUUCAGAGCACAAAUAUCUAAGAUUUAUAACUGGCCGCCAUGACCUGCCAUUCUACUAUCAUGAAGAGGUCGAGCUGCAAAGAAGCUUUCUGGAUGCGUUCCUCAAGGGGGAGGAUCGCGAAGGAUGGAGCACUGGCCAGGCACCCAAGGUGGACGUCUUGCUCCGGAAGGGAAAUGUUGGCUUUGAUAACGCUGAGGCUGAACGAGCCUAUACUCGGCGUACUGAGAACGAAUGGCCCAUCGCUCGCACGCAAUACACGAAGUUCUUCCUCACCCCAGAUCUUCAGCUGCAGACGCAAUUACCACAGUCGAAAUUGCUGAAGGUUGAUUACCGCGCGUUAGGGACUUUGGAAAAUCCUCAGCUUGUGCAAUUUAGCACCCCUGCUUUUACACAAGAAACUGAGAUCACCGGCCACGUUGUCGCUCAUUUAAACGUGUCCGUCACCCCUGACAAGGGAGGUCCGCUUCCCUCCGAUAUCGAUCUUUUCGUGACGCUGCGCUAUAUCUCCCCUACUGGUGAAGAGGUAUACUACACCGGUACUGCCGGAGACCCCGUACCGCUCGCCAAAGGUUGGCUGCGCGCAAGUAUGCGCAAGGUGAACGAGAAGAACCUUCGCCACCGGGAGUAUUUGCCGCAUCGCGAUUACUUCUCGACGGAUGUCUUGCCUGUGAUGCCUGGUGAGGUCUAUCCGGUAGAUGUAGAGAUCUGGCCGACCAACGUAGUAGUCGAAAAAGGUGGUAAGAUCGUCCUGGAGGUGUCGUCAGGCGAUACACAGGGGUCUGGAAUCUUCCAGCACAAUGACCCCAGCGAUCGCUCCCCCGAGAAACUGCAAGGAACCAACCACAUACAUUUCGGGCCGGCGUACGAGAACUAUGUGACUCUUCCUGUGAUUCCAGGCGAAUAA